UUGUCUCUGCUCUGUUUCAGGCCUGCUGCUCUCUGUCUUGGCUCUGCACUUCUGCACCCAGGGCCCUCUUGCCAUAGCAGGUGAGUGCACGGGAGAGGAUCCUCUUGGGAACGGGGCAAAGGGCAACUUGGUGUGAUGGGACAAUGUCCCUGUCCUCUCUUGGCUGUAAGCUAUCAGGCAGAGCUGUGCAAAAGAAACUUUUCUUGGGGUUUUGACCCCAGAAAUGGCUGUAAUCUCCUAUAUAGUGUGCCUUGAAGGGGAAGGGAGAAGCUGCUGUAACAUUUCCAUAGUCAGUGAUUAUCUCUGUCCUGCUGGGCAGGCUCCUCACUGCUGGUUGCAAACGGGUCUUUGGUUUGGUUUGGGAUAGGGAACCACAACUUGUUAAGCACAUGGAUGCUAUUUCCUUCACCAAGGGGGAACUUUGUGUUUUUCAGGGCGCAAAGUGGUCAACAUGUCCAAAACAACAGCUACCAACCACGCCUCAGUGGCUGCCACCAAAGCUUCCGUGGCUACCAAGCAGACCUUGGUGGCUGCUGCCAACACCUCAGUGGUUGUCACCAACCAGGCAUUGGUGGCCACCAAGCAGAGCUCAUUGGCUACCACCAGUGCCUCAGUGGCCACCUCCAACCAGGUACUGGUGGCCACCAAGCAGAGCUCAGUGGCCACCUCCAACCAGGCAUUGGUGGCCACCAAGCAGAGAACAGUGGCUACCACCAGUGCCUCAAUGGCUGCCUCCAACCAGGGAUUGGUGGCCACCAAGCAGACCUUGAUGUCUGCCACCAGUUCCUCAAUGGCUGCCUCCAACCACACCUCAGUGACCACUACCUCGGUGGCCAUCAGCCAGACUUCAGUGGCUGCCAACGCCUCCGUGAACCUUACAGAACAAACCCUGCUCAGCUGUCAGAGCUUCCAGUGCUUCGGGGAGAGGUGCUACCAGGAUGAAGCCCACAGGAACACAACGGCCACCUGCCACAAUGAGACCUUGUGUGAGCUUUAUCGUUUCUCCAGCACGAACUACACUGCCAGGUGCAGCAGUGUGUGCAGGGCAGAGCUGUGCAGGACCAAUGGCAGCAUGGCCCUACAGCAGUGCACCGUGGAGUGCUGCAACACCUCACUCUGCCUGCAGCUCAAUGCCAGCUCCUAUGGUGAUCUGCCCCCCACCACUGUGCCACCCACGACCACCAUCACCACCACCACGACCCUGCGGCCCCCCCCACGAAACGGGAAAAUCUGUGCAGCGUUCUCCUGCCAUGGGGAUGGAUGCUUCAAAGGCAAGAAGAGCACGACUAGAUGCUUUGUUGGGCAUGAUUUCUGUGAGAUGAAGAAGACGGGCUUCAAUUACGUGGCAGGAUGCAGCAAAGCCUGCAAGGCUGCCAAGCCUGUCUGUGCCCAGGGGGUGAAGGCUGCCUGCUUCCAGGAGUGCUGCCCCGCCACCCUCAAGGGCAGCUGCCUGAAGCUGGAUGGCAAAGUUCAUGUGAACGGUGCUGGGCAGGUGGCUGUGUCCCCACUGCUGCAGCUCCUGGUGUGGGGGGCAGCCCUCCUCCUGAGCUGCAAGGUCUCCACUCCCCUACACGGGUAAACAGCAGACCUGCAGCCUUUCCCCUCCUUGAUUUCAGCUGAGGUGAUCCCCAUUACAUGUCAUCUCCAGGAGCUGUGAGCUGCAGCAUUGCACCUCUGCUGCAGCUGCAGGGAUGGUGGAUGCUGGAAGGAGAGACCUCAGGUAUAGGAGUGAGAGGAUGCUGAGCCAGCUUGGAACCCAGGAACCUCUGCCUUGACCCAAGGCACAGCUUACACAAUGUAGUUACAGGCAUCACAGGCAGCUGGUAACGGCUCUGUGGUGCCACUGCACAAACACAUUCUGUCCUCUUCCUGUUCUCUUUUA